AUGGCUGGCCUGCACAAGAAUGGCAUAUCCGGAAUCCUGGCGGACGAAAUGGGGUUGGGCAAGACACUGCAGACAAUCGCGUUCCAUGCGUUCCUACGCGGGCGCACCGUUGCACCGUUUUUAGUCGUCUGUCCCCUAAGCGUGCUAAACAACUGGGUCGAAGAAUUCCAGAAGUUUGCUCCCGACAUUCCUGUUGUGAUGUAUCACGGCACACCAGAUGAGCGUGCGGAGAUACGGCGUACCGAAAUGGUCCUCUCGGACACAGACAUGAAGUAUCAAAACAGAAUGUUCGGCCGGGAGGGAACGGCCCUCGCAACCAGUGGGCGUGCAUCAGCUAACAAAGGUGCAAAGAACAAGAGUGUCACGCCCAAGGGUCUUUCCACCGAGCGUGCAGUGAAGCUACCCAGCUCUAAGACUGCCCGCGCGCUUCCACCACACCAAAAGACCAAUUUUCCCGUAGUCAUUACGACGUAUGAGAUGGUCAUCAGGGAUCGUGCCCCACUAUCUGAAUACUAUUGGGGCUUUAUUGUCGUUGAUGAGGGACACCGUCUCAAAAACUUGGAUUGCAAGCUAAUGCGGGAAAUCAAAAAACUCCCAGCGGCGGCGAGAAUGGUUUUAACUGGGACGCCACUACAUAAUAACCUCUCGGAACUUUGGGCGCUGCUCAACUUCGUCCUCCCUGACGUAUUCUCCGACCUUGAAGCUUUCGAAGAAUGGUUCAACCUCCCUGUGCUACAGUCGAUGAUGUCUAGUUCGCGUUCAACACGGUUGAUUCAGUCGCUACACACCAUCCUCAGGCCAUUCCUCCUUCGAAGACUGAAGACUGAUGUUGAAACGAGCCUGCCUCCGAAGAAAGAGUACGUGCUGUAUGCACCGCUUAGCGAGCGUCAGCGGGAGCUAUACGAUGCUAUUGUCAACGGCGGCCUGCGCGCGCUCCUGGUCAAGGAAGGCGGCACUAGUAAGGGCAAGAACGCUCGUAGUAACGACGAGGAAGAGGAUGUCCCUCUUAGCCUUCAGGCGCAACAUCGAUCUACAAGGAAGAGCUAUGACGUUGACGGAGAUGACGACGAAUACUUCGAGAGGCUUGAGUCCGGGGAGGUUGUAGCUGAACAUCACAAGACGAAGAAACAAAGUACGGAGGAGAUGGGCCGUGACUGGCAACGCGAGAACUUGCUUAAGAAAGUCAGCAACAUGCGAUUGCAGAACACAGUUAUGCAGUUGCGGAAAGUGUGCUCGCAUCCGUUCUUGUUUGAUUGGCCUACAGACGCCAAGACACGCGAGCCAAUCCUGAACGAAGAGCUUGUCACUGCGAGUGGGAAGAUGCUUGUCUUGGAUCGUCUCCUUGAUGCUCUGUUCGCGACAAAGCACAGGGUGUUAUUGUUUAGUCAAUUCACUACCAUGCUUGACAUCAUUGAGGACUGGGCUCGAGAGCUCAAAGGUUGGUCGAUAUGCCGUAUCGACGGCUCUACUUCCAUGGCUCAACGCCGAGAGGAGGUCAACCGUUUCCAGAACAGCGACAAUGAGCUGGAUGCACCACAACUGUUCCUGUUGAGCACUCGAGCGGGUGGCUUGGGUUUGAAUCUGGUUGCCGCGGAUACUGUGAUCUUCUACGAUCAAGACUGGAACCCCCAGAUGGACCUGCAAGCUCAGGACCGGGCCCAUCGCAUAGGUCAGACCAAGCCCGUCCUGAUCUUCCGUCUCGUGAGCGCACACACGAUCGAGACGAGAAUAAUGCAACGCGCGAACGAGAAGCGUAAGCUGGAAGCGCUCGUUAUUGCCAAAGGCACUCGCGCUAACGUGCUUGUGUCUCUAGGGCAAUUCAAGACACCUACUCUGAAGGCAAGUCGCAACAGACCCGAGACCAUUGCCGAGAUGGCCGCUGCCUUGUUGCGCCUUGAAGGCGAACAGAUCCAAGUGGUGCCUAACACUGCAGAGGGCAAAGCGAGCGUCAUCAGUGAUGGGGAGCUAGAGAUGCUCUUAGACAGACGACCUGAGGUUUUCGUCGACCGAGGCAAGGGCUGGACAUCUGCUGGUAAUUUGGCCAACGGUAGUUCGUCUGCCGACGGACCUGCAGAUCACGAUGGCAUUACAUCCGGACCAAAGGCUAAGUUCGCCGUGUAUGAAGCUCCGGCACAUAGCGGCGGCGAUGUAUUGGCGGGAAUGCUUGACGGUGAUGAAGAUUCAUGA